AUGAUAAUUAGGCAACGAACGAUCAACUCAAAAUACAGCGAAGAAUUGGCGGCCGAGUGUCUAGAAUGGAUUAAGGAAGUUACUGGUGAACCAAUUAACACUUCCGGUGACAUGGACAACUUCUUUGAAGUUCUCAAGGACGGUGUCAUCUUGUGCAAGUUGGUCAACGCCUUACAACCAGGAACUGUUAAAAAAGUCAAUGAAAGCAAAAUGGCAUUCAAGUGUAUGGAGAAUAUUUCAGCAUUCUUGGAAGCGGCCAAAGCUUUCGGAGUGCCAGUUCAAGAAACGUUCCAAUCUGUUGACUUGUGGGAACGUCAGAACUUAAAUUCUGUUGUUAUUUGCUUGCAAUCUUUGGGGCGUAAAGCUCAUAAUUUCGGUAAGCCAUCAAUUGGACCAAAAGAAGCUGAGAAAAAUGUGAGAAACUUCAGUGAAGAACAAUUGAAAGCUGGUCAAAAUGUCAUCUCGCUCCAAUAUGGAUCGAACAAAGGCGCUAAUCAAUCGGGCAUUAAUUUUGGAAACACAAGACACAUGUAAAUUGUCUCACAUCAACACAAUGUCUACUUUCACAUACCAUCACUCUUCGAUACAUCCCAAUGGUAUCAUUCCACAAAAUUUAAUUUCAUUUUCGGAAAAGCUUUCUUAACAAAGCAGGAUAAUUAUUUUUUUUUAUAAACAUUAUUGUAACUUUGAAUUGAUGUUAAUUAAGAGUUAAAGUGAAGAUUUUUUAAGUAAGAAUCUGAAAGAAAAAAGAAAGUUAAAUUGUUGAUUAGCAAGUUAAUGAUGAAAACAAAUUUGUACACGACAAUGUAGUGGCCUUUUAGAUGAAGUCUUUAGCAAGUUGAAGAAACAAUUCACUUGUUCUAUUUUAUAAACCUUAAAACUGGCCUUUAUAACAUUUUUAUUAUAUUUCAACCGUACAAGGCGCAAGUAAAAUACUUAUUAUAAAUCUGGAUAAUUUGUGCCAUCCUGUUUAUUAAUUACAUUUCAAUUUCAUUCCAAUUCAAUAAUUUUCUAUGUCUCUCAAUUAUUAAUUUACAAUUCUUCGCCAUUCCCUUUUAUAAUCUACCGUGGAAGGUAAAAUUUGCUCUUUUUAUGUUGAAAAUCUUAUUUUAAUUUGUCUUAAUUAUAAUCUGUUUGGAGAAUUUUAUAUUUAAUAAAAUUGUGAGUUAAAGAACAACAAAAUUAUUAAUUUUUCAUGUUUUAUUACACAUUUUUAUACUAAUAUCAAAUGCACAUGGUGAGACUUUAUUUUUGGAACGGAUAAUAAUUCAAUCCAGUAUUUAGUGGAUAUUUUUCCUUCUGUCCUUUUCUUGCUAUUCUCAACAUUCUUAUGACUCCUUUUCUGUAAGCUGGCGGCUGAAGUUCCUCUUGAAGAGUGCAUUUGAUUUUUACAGGUUCUUCAGCUUUGAAUAUAUUAGAUCUGACGAUAUCAACAUCACGACCAUACUCUUCAUUCAGAUCGAAUACGACUUUAGAUGGAGAGUCGAAUGUGAUAUUAAAAGCAGUUCCAGUUUUGUGAAUUAUUCCAUGUUCGAAAACUCUAAAAGGAAGUGUACGAUGGCCCAAAUUAUCGAGUUUUCUGAUGAAUCCUCCUUUACUAAAUAUCGCUUCUGCUGUUCUUUUAAGAGUUGUUAUUACUUCUUGUCUUGGCAUUUGUCGCAAUAUAACUAAAGCUUCGUAGGAUGGCAUCUUUACUAAUUUAUGUGACUUAUUUCAAGCUUAAAGUCAAAAUUUGAAGAAUAUUGCGG